CUUUCAGCUCUCUCUUCAGUCACAGUAAGACGGUGACUCUAACAUCAUCUCUGCAAAACAUCUCUCAACAGGUCGAGGUGACAAUGUCGGUGUUUGCUCGAUUUUUUUCUACUUUUAGUACUUUAGCUCGUAAGCUAACACAUUAACCGUCUCCGGGUUAGCGUUUGAGCGUCACCAUGGUGACGAACCGUGGUCGAGCCAAAAACAGAAGGGAUGUAGUUCGGAACCGUAAGCUGAAAAAGAAGGCGGCCAAGGUCUCGAAGACUCCCCAGCGAGCCCGGAAAGACACCAGCAUAAGGACAGCGGUGACUCGUUCAAAGGCGAAAAAGCUCCCCAAAAAAGUUCCUGCCAAGAAAGAAGAAGAGAAUCACACAAAUUCACACAAACGUGAUGAAGAAGUUGCAAGAAAACCUGCAAGAAAAGUUAUCAGGAGAUCUUCUAGACUUAAGAACCUUACAGGGGGUAAGAAGAAUGGGAUCAGGAAGAGUACCAGGAAAACCACACAGACGACUACAUAUGAGGCCUCCAAAAAGUUUGACGUCAUCAACAGCAACCACGGAGACCAGAAGGAUACAACCAAUCAGAAGAAGAAAAAACGACUGAUUAGGGACAAGAAAGAUGGAAAGAUUGCCUCUAAAGAACAGAAGAAGAUAACACCAGAACCGCCGCAAAGAGACCUCAUUGACACCACAGAUGACAUCGUUGAUGAUGUAGAUAGUGGGGUUGGAACAACUGCAGAUGAGGAGAGUAACUGCAGCGUGACUGAGAAUUUCGAUGUCAUACAUUGCAAGGCCUCGUCUCCUUACCAGGGACCCAAAAGAGGAAAUUUCCAGGUCAAUUCAUCAGGAAAAAGCAUACCACGCAGGCGACCCUACAGGGCUGCUCAGAAUGCAUGGUCAACUGAUGACGCUGAUUCAGAUGAUGAAAAGGCCUCUAGCAGCAACUGCCGUUCACUCGGUCUGCGUACGGAGGAGCUUUUUAGUUCUCGCAGAGACAAGCUGGCCAUGGGAGCAGGUCUGGCAGACAUUGAUCCCAUGGCUAUUGAUCGGAAGGUGGGCUUUGACAGUAUCGGUGGGCUGUCGGGUCACAUCUCAGCUCUAAAGGAGAUGGUUGUCUUCCCUCUUCUCUACCCAGAAGUCUUUGAUAAUUUCAAGAUUCAGCCUCCCAGGGGUUGUCUGUUCUAUGGCCCACCAGGGACUGGGAAAACACUGGUUGCCCGGGCGUUGGCCAAUGAAUGCAGCCAUGGCAACGAGAAGGUGUCUUUCUUCAUGAGGAAAGGAGCUGAUUGCCUCAGCAAAUGGGUGGGCGAGUCCGAGAGGCAGCUGAGGCUGCUGUUUGAGCAGGCGUAUCAGAGACGUCCCUCCAUCAUCUUCUUUGAUGAGAUUGAUGGCUUGGCUCCUGUUCGAUCCAGCAAACAAGAUCAGAUUCACAGCUCUAUUGUGUCAACUCUGCUGGCUCUGAUGGAUGGGUUGGAUGGUCGAGGAGAGAUAGUGGUGAUCGGAGCGACAAACAGGCUGGACUCCAUCGACCCAGCUCUGCGGCGUCCGGGACGCUUUGAUAGGGAGUUUCUGUUUGGCCUUCCUGACAAAGAAUCUCGUAAAGAGAUUAUGAAGAUCCAUACACGGCUGUGGAAACCUCCUCCUUCAGAAGACUUUCUGGAUGAACUUGCAGAAAAAUGUGUGGGUUACUGUGGUGCCGACAUCAGGGCGGUGUGCACUGAGGCAGCACUGUGCGCCCUGCGGCGUCGCUACCCACAGAUCUACGGCACCUCGCAGAAGCUCUUGCUGGAUGUCUCCUCCAUCUCUGUUAGCAGCUGCGACUUUGUGGCGGCUAUGAGGAAGAUGAAGCCGGCGUCUCAACGCUCCAACGCCUGCCCUACAAAACCACUGUCAGCUGUGGUCCAGCCCCUGCUACACUCAGCCCUCAGCCACAUCCUGGAGGUUCUGCAGAAGAUGUUUCCACACGCUGAACAGGGGAUGAAGAGGAAGAGGGAGCCUGAUCUGACUUCUGGUAUCCUCGAUGAUGGUCUAAUGAGUAGUGGAGAUGAAGGAACCUCAACCUGCAGCAUUUCUGCUCCUUCCACCUCCCAGAACAAAAACUUCCUGCAUUUUGCUAGGAGUGCUGUCAAACACCCAACGUCCCACCGCCCCCGAAUGCUCCUGGCUGGUCGCCCGGACUCUGGUCAGACAUCCCACCUGGCCCCUGCAGUUCUGCAUGCCCUGGAGCGUUUCACUGUCCACAGCCUGGAUUCUGCGGUGUUGUUUGGUUUCAGCUGGACUUCUCCCGAGGAAGCCUGUGCACAGGUGUUCUGCGAGGCCAAACGGACAUCACCCAGCAUCCUCUACAUCCCUCACAUCCAGCAGUGGUGGGACACGGCAGGAUCAGCACUUAGAGCCUCGUUUCUCAGCUUGCUGGGCAGCAUCCCCUCUUUUUCUCCCAUCCUCCUUCUCGCCACCUGCAGCGUUCCUCACCAGAAGCUCGACACAGAGAUACAAACUCUGUUUCGGGAGGAGUAUGGGGAGAUAUAUACAAUGACUGUUCCCUCCCGGCAGGAGAGAACAGAGUUUUUUGAGGAUCUCAUUUUGAACCAGGCGGCUGAACCUCCGCCAUCUAAGAAUAAAAGAAUGACCCAGAACAUGGAGAUCCUUCCUGUGGCUCCACUUCCUCCCCUGAGACAGAUGAGCGAGCAGGAGCGCCUCCGUGUGGAGGAGCAGGAAGAGGAUGUGCUGCGGGAACUCCGCCUCUUCCUCCGUAACCUCACAGAGCGACUGAUGGUGGACCGCCGCUUUAAGGCCUUCACCAAACCUGUCGACAUAGAGGAGGUCCCAGACUACCUCAUUGUGAUCCAGAAGCCCAUGGAUCUCUCCACCCUGCUGUACAACAUUGAUGAGCAUAAAUAUGUCACCGUUGAUGAGUUCAUGUCAGACGCAGACCUCAUCUGGCAGAAUGCUCUUGAGUACAACCCAGACAGAGACCCAGCAGAUCGUCACAUCCGUCACCGUGCCUGCGCCCUGAAAGACACAAUGCGAGUCAUCGUCAGAGAUGAGCUGGACAAGGAUUUCCAGAGGAUCUGCGAGGAAAUUCGUGAGUCUCGGCUUGAGAGAGCAUUAUCCCACAGGGGCAGAGCCAAUCUAGAGUUGACCAAUGGCUUCUACAACUCUGUGUUCCCCAGAAACAGCACUGGACCACAACUGCGUAAGAAAAAGUCUUUCAAAUCGUCUCGAAAAUCCAAGUGGAGCACUGGUGUCAUUAGGAAACAGCAACGAAAGAAGACAGCUUCAACCUCCUCAAUGUCCAGCAUAACCAGUUCAGAUUCAAGUACAGAUGGAAUGGGAGGGGAGAGUAGUUCUGUUGGCCAAACCUCAUCCAGUUUGUCAGACAGCAGCGAUGAUGACGAGAAGAUCUUCCUGAAGCUUAACAGGCACCAUCAAGACUUUAAAGCUCUCCAAAAACGUCUUAAGCAAAGAUGCAACGAGUCCAGCAGCAGCACUCCCAAAAUUAAACUGAAGUCCAGCCAGCCUUCAAAGUCUGACCCCAUCCGAAGGAAAUCGUUGACGGAGUUCUAUUUAAAGAAAUUAGAAAGGCAGAGAAAGUCUGAGAUGAGAACAAACAAGGCUGUUUUUGAGCAAAUGCAGCAGUUCAACAAGAACAGAUCUGCAGAGAGUGUUGACGAGCAAACACCCGACCUCGUAGUUGAUCACAAAAAGCUGAAAGAGCUGCUGAACAGGGCAAUAAUUAAAACAGAGGCUGCUGAGGUGGAGACUCUGGAGAAACUUUAUGCUCUGUUGGCUCAAUCCAUCUACAGACACAGAAACAUCUACAACAAGACAGAGCUCAUUAAGGAAAUGAAGAAGGAAAUUGAAAACUUCUCCUGAGCUACAAUAAUAAAACCCAAGUAACUUUAAAUGUAAAGUUUUCUUUUGUUUUUAUAUUAAAGUGGCAGUAUUAAUUUGAGUUUUUUGAGCUUUACGUCAUCUUGUAAUGUUAUUCCCCAAUCAAAAACAUUCUUGGAGUGUUGCUUUGAUUCUUUCAUGCAUGUUUGAGAAAUCAUUUAAUAUCCCUUAGCAACCAUUCAGCAGUGCAGAAUGCUUGGGGGGCUGAGGAUGAAGCUCCUCCUUGGAGCUGCAGUUUUCAAACUUCUGAGCUACCGCCUCACAAAGCAUUUCUCCCACGUGGUUUCCCCUUUCAGCUCCUUCUGACUAGCCAGCACCAAUUAGUAAACACCUGAUGGAAAUGUGCAUCAGCUGAGUUCAUUGUAUGAGUUACUUCUCAGUGCAACAUUGUUAAAGGGUUAAUGGUUAAAGGGUUAAUGUUGUGGCGACUUCCUGAAGGCGGAAAUUGGAAAGGAGACAGAGGCCCAGUUUCAAGGCGUUAAAUUAUGAAGCUGAUUUUCUUUUAAGUGAUAUUUGAGAUAUGCAGCAUUUUAUAAGAACUGAAGGUGACGUAGUUACUUGAUUGAUCUACAAAAUUUUAUUAUGUAGCUAUAGCUGGGAAGCACAUGAUACUGCCUCUUGAAAGUAUAUUUAUAAAUUGUUGCAAAAAUUCUAAAUACCUCAGUAUUUAUAGUAUUGCACCAGAUUCUCUAAAGAUUUAUUGCUUUGACAUUUUACAAAAGGCAAAGCUUCUGACCAGUGUGUUUAUUUACUGAAUUUAUCAUGACAUGCACUUUAUAAAAGUGUAGUUCUGGGUAAAUGAAAAACGUUGACUGUGUGUUUUGUGCAUCAGCCCACUAAAGUGUGCCUGUUUGUUUGGGUUUAGAUUGUCAUAAGGAUUUUUACUUUUAAACACAACUGGAUUUACAUCCAAUAAUCUGUUGGUAUUAGAUUUCAGCAUCAAAUGCAGCAAAGAGAGUUUAAGAUAAAAUUGCUAACAUUUCACAUGCUUUCUAUUUGCUGAUGUUAAUAGAUGACAUGUUUGGUUGAAAUAAAUAGUUUUGAAUGUAACAUUACCUUUAUA